AUGGGUUCUUUCGAACGUACCUCGUCGCCAGUUCUUACCAUGUCUCCAAGCGCCGCUCAUCAUGGUGCGUUCGGCAUGUCCCCCUUCUCGCAUCAACCUUCUCCUUUCAGCCGGUCCAUGGCUUUCGGUGCUCCUUCGCCAUGGUCCCAAUCUCCCAUCAACCGCUCCUCGACCGCUGGUCGCAAGCGAUCCCGAGACGAGGCUGGCGUUAAUCUCGACGUCGAAGAGGCUAAGCUCGAAACGAUUGAGCCCGUCAAGGAGCCCGAAGAUGAAUGGGUAUAUGGCGAGGGAAUGGUGCUCAUCAAAUCACCCUCAUCAUACGUGGCCGACGCAGGAAGCCAGUCUGGUACCUGGGUUGAAGAAAAAGCAGCCUCGGACAAUAUUCGCAAGAACGAGGAAGCCCGUGCCAUCAAUCAACAAUGGCGACCAUCCUUAAGAAGCAAUAAAUCGCAGCGGUUAGACAUGAACUCCAUCUCAGUUCCCCAGAGCGAGCCUCAGAUCAAUCGUUCCAGCCCAGUCCGUGACAUCGAUCCCACUACAUCCACCUCCGGCCUAUCAGCGGACGCUAGCAGCCAACCCAUCAUCGACAACUUCACACUUUACCUUGGGAUCGGAUGGAGCCGCAUCAGCACCGACGAACACAUCCAAGCCGCAGCUCGUGGGUGGGCGAAAUACAUCGAAAACCACUUCCCCGUCACCAAUGUUCAGAUUCAGUUGGAAAGCAAAGGCCUCCAAUCCUACCUUGUUGAGGCUGCCGAAGGCUUCUUCCUAUUCGCCGAGAAUCUACGUCAAGGCCAACUCGUCAGCAAGGACCUUAACCAAACAUUCGCCAACCUCAAGACGUCCCCUCCCACAUUCGAAGGACCUGAGGUUAUGUCUGCUGCUGAAUCGCCCAGGCCAGUUAGAGCUUCGUCGCCCCAAGGAAUCGUAUUCAUGGUCUCACAAUUAGAUCAGUCUCUUACCCUCCGCGGCCCUUCAUCCGUCGUUUCGGCGCGCACCUCUUCCCGCCCCCAUGCGUCCUCUCGCAGUAAGCGGUAUAACCGCUCCCACGCCGGAGGGAGCUCAUACGUCCCGCAAAAUGAAUUCCCCGUAUUUAGUCACUCAGGAGACGUCGAGAUACUUAUAAGAGCUGGCGGGAAGGAGAAUAGAUACCUCCUACAUAGGCAUACGUUGACGAGAUGUUCCGGGUUCUUCGAGGCAAGCACGAGCCAGGAAUGGUCCAAAGCGAGUCUGUUGCCGUUGCCGGAAGCCUCCUCGAGAGAGCUGAGUAGGAUAGGGGAAGAAGACGCGGCUAACGGCGGAAGUGAAGUUACGCGUCCGGGUGCAAAUUCGCCUAUCCCGCGGAAACGGUGGCGGUAUGAAUUAGAUCCUGGGAGUGGGGCGGACGAUAUACCGAUGCUGGUACAGAAAGAAGCCAACACCUCUAGCUCUACCGAUUCCACGCAAUCAAAUUCGAUAUUCGGAGGCGGAGGCACGGCCGCAAACACACCUGCUACACGAAGAACGGCCAGCCAUACACACACACAUUCCACAAACUCGUUCUUCCGCUCCGUCGCCAACCUCUCUCUAGUGCCAACCAAGGUCGAUCAAGGUCUACCUCUUUCUCAAGCCGACGCCGACCUUCUUCGUGAUUACGACAACCUCUUCCGUAUAUUCUAUAACUACUCGCCGAUGCUAGACAGCAUUAACAUCGCCGAUGCCUACGUGCAAUGUAAAUCGCUGCUAACAUUAGCGGACCAAUACGAUGCGUUAGCAGUUUUUCAAAGCAGGUUAUGGAAGCAGAUCGCUAAGUACCCUGUCAGCUAUUUACGACUAGGAUAUCUAAGCAGGAGCAAAAUCAUUUUCCAAGAAGCGUUGAUACACGUUGUCGGACAGUGGCCCGCCGGCGAGCGGAGCAUUCGACAAUCGUUUCCAGAUAUCGUACUCGAUAUUAUCGAAGACAAGGUAGACGAGCUUGAAGAAACGGUAUCCAGGAUCGAAAGUCGUCUCUUCCGCCUCAAUCUAACCAACUCCCGGGGCGAGCGCAUCACGCCUAGUACUUCUUACCUCGAUUGGCUCGCCGUAUCUUUCUUUCGUCAGUGGCUCGCUGAUAACACUUCACCGGCGCCUUUGCCCCCUCCCGCCUCUACUAGGGGACACUCGUCGCGUGACGGUGGUAAUCCUCGAAGUAAUGCCGUGGUUGCCUCGGCACCGACAGCACCAAACCUCGCAAGCUUAGGCCGCACCUAUCGUACUCUCGGGUCUGCGGCCGGAUAUCUCAGCCACGACGAUUGCAAGCGGUUCCUCAAAUUGACGCCCGAAUUAUACUCCCGUGACAAUCUUCGGCGAUUCGAGAAGCGCAUCGACGAGCUGAAACACGCUGCUCGCGAGAUCGUCCGACCGCUUAUGGGUAGUGGAUUAGAGCUCGAGCUAGAACGCGGCGCCGCCACGCCGAGUACCGCUAGUAUCGGCGGGCCUGGCGUUCACGUAUCCCCGAGUGGGAUGACGAGUUAUCUAACGUGUGUUCGCGUCAUGGAAAGGGACCUUCCUUGGGCUAUUGAGGACUAG